UUUCCCACCGACCAGCGCCCCUCCGGCCCGCUGCCCCAUCGUCAAUCGCUUGCCCGCUUGCCACCCCGGACAGCGUCUUUCUUUGCACACUCCUUCUGCUCGUCCGAGCCUGCUCAUCUGUGGUCCACAGCCGGCGACUCGUCAAGCAGCAAUCGCCAAUGUCCUUGUAGCCUCUCCACUGCCUUCCCAGCUGCCAUCACAUCCAUCUCCCCCCCCCAACUGGCCAUCGCAUCCAUCACAUCCAUCACCACCAGUCGUGCGCAUACCCUUCCAGAUAACUCGCUGCAACGAUGCCCAGCUCUUCUGUCGAUCUGCAGUCUCUGCAGCAUCUGCGCUCCAAGAUUUGCGCUGAACUGCCCCAGCUCUUUGCCGAGCACCCUUCGGACAAUCUGCUCCACCAGCUGUGCGAGCUAAUCGAUGACGACACGGUGCUCUAUCGAUUCUGCCAAUACAAGGCCGCAACCGUAGACUCGGCGUAUUCGGCCAUCGUCAACCAUCUCAACUGGCGGAUCAAACGCUCGUCUCGGCCGUCUGCGGGGCCUGUCAGUGCCUCGAGUGUAGACUCUUACAUCCAUCAGCGGCCCAUCUAUUUCUUUGGCCAGGAUCUCAACGAGCGGCCGGUUAUGUGGAUCAAAACCAAACUGCUGGACCCACGGAACAGCGCUGCUCUGCCGGACUAUGUUGCGCAUCUGAUGGACCUGGCCAGCUGUCUCGUUCGCAAAACUUGGCUCGCAAAGAGCGGCGAGUAUCCGCCGUCGGUCUUCCAGAUCUGCAUCGUCAUGGAUCUCGAAGGCGCUGGUAUCGGCAAUAUGAGCCUGGAAAUGAUGCCUCAGUUUUUCGAGCUCUUCACGAAGCAGUACCCAAUGCUCUUGGGCCCGGUUCGCAUCCUGAACUACGGCUGGGUCCACGCCGGCAUCUGGACCGUGGUGAAACCGAGUCUGUCGGCCGAUGCCAAGAACCGUAUUUCAUUUGUUUCCAAGGACGAGCUCCGCACCUUCAUUGCCGCCGACCAGAUUCCGCAAGAAUAUGGCGGACUGUCAUCCGCUGUGCCGCUGGACGGCUUGGCAGCUUUUCUGGCCCAAGAACCGAGCCCGAGGUCGAGCGUGUAUGAGAGCCUCCAUCAAGAGAUGGUCCAAAAGUGCGGCGAACGCUUUGGCGUCGCCAUCAAGCCCCUCGGCCCGAAAGUCGGAGAAGCUAAUACCGACCAGGUUGUGCCCGAUGCCAGCAAGUCCAGCCAGGAAUCGGCCCGUGAUGAGGCAGAAAGUGACAAGAGCGAAUGCACCGACUCAGGCGAUGAAGCCGACGUUUUCUACGACUGCGAGAUGGACGAUGCGCUGGCCGACUGGGAGAUGACCCUCUGCACGGUCGCCGACGACCAGACUUCAUCCGUGUUCACGUACUGCAGUCGAGAGGGCGAUCACCUUUGCCACUCUGACUCGGAGCACUGCCAUCCAAUCCCCGAUUCCGUGUCGGACUCGGGCCUGUCGCGCUAUUCGUGCUCGGGUCGUCUCCUAGUCGAUCAGGGAACCCAAACUGCUCCCGAAUACUCCAUCACGACCGUGACAACGACAACGACCGUGUACUGUCCGGACCAUAGCGGCCACUCCGCAGACUCGCUGCAGCACAGCAAAGUCAGGCCCGGGAGCACGGAAACCUGGAGGCCGCUUGUGUCAACGGCGGCUCGGCUCGCCCACCGCACUAUUGUGCGAAUGGCUUCGAUGAACCGUUCUCGAUGGAUUGUGGCGGUCGUUGGCUGCUGCCUGCUGAUGUGCAUGCGCUCGAGCUCGUUCGCCAAGCGGUUCUGGCCCACGGUGCUGUACGGCACAGCAGGAUCGGUCUCGCUGCUCAAGUAUGUCUUUGGCUACCACAAAGCGGCGGUGUAAAACGAUCAAUCCAACGAUACCGAAACACCGCAGGCGCCAAACGAGCCCGACGAUGACCACCCGACAGGC